CCCUCGCAGCGCGUUCUGGGAGCGAGCGCCGCCAGCCCGGGCAUCUGGCGAAACAAGCCAGUGAUGGUUGGCGUCGCGCCUUCGCUGUUGUUCGGUUGAUAGGGCGCCAGGCCGUUGACGGCGAGCUUAUGGGAACUAAAGAAGAGUUUGUUAAAGUCCGGAAGAAGGAUCUGGAACGGCUGACGACUGAAGUGAUGCAGAUACGGGACUUCCUACCCCGGAUACUAAACGGGGAAGUACUGGAAAGCUUCCAGAAAUUAAAGGUUGUAGAAAAAAAUCUAGAAAGGAAGGAGCAAGAAUUAGAGCAACUGAGAAUGGAUUGUGAGCACUUUAAAGCACGCCUGGAGACAGUGCAAGCCGACAGCAUGAAAGAGAAGAAGGAGAAACUGGCUCUUCGCCAGCAGCUGAAUGAAGCGAAGCAGCAACUCCUGCAGCAGGCAGAGUAUUGCACAGAGAUGGGGGCAGCAGCCUGCACUCUGCUCUGGGGCGUCUCCAGCAGUGAGGAGGUCGUCAAAGCCCUUCUGGGAGGAGAUAAAGCUUUGAAGUUUUUCAACAUCACUGGUCAGACAAUGGAGAGUUUUGUGAAGUCACUGGAUGGGGAUGUCAAGGAGCUCGAUUCUGAUGAAAAUCAGUUUGUUUUUGCUUUGGCUGGAAUUGUGACAAAUGUUGCUGCCAUAGCGUGUGGUCGUGAAUUCCUGGUUAACUCCAGCCGGGUGCUCUUGGACACCAUACUGCAGCUUCUGGGAGACUUGAAGCCAGGACAGUGCACCAAACUCAAAGUGCUAAUGCUGAUGUCCCUGUACAACGUGAGCAUCAAUUUGAAAGGCUUGAAGUACAUCAGUGAGAGCCCAGGGUUCAUCCCUUUGCUGUGGUGGCUUCUGAGUGAUCCAGACGCAGAGGUGUGUCUUCAUGUUUUGCGGCUUGUCCAGUCAGUGGUUCUGGAGCCAGAAGUCUUCUCCAAGUUGGCCUCUGAGCUCCGGAGCUCCCUGCCCCUGCAGCGCAUCCUGGCCAUGUCCAAGAGCCGCAACCCCCGCCUGCAGGCCGUGGCCCAGGAGCUCCUGGAUGACCUCCGAGCUCUGGAGUGUGAUGCAUAGGCAUGUCCCUCCUCCUUCCCAGGCCCCCACUUGGUGUUCUGAACCAUCACCGAGGGCCAUGUGGUAGAGAUGGCCAGAUGUUCUUGACUAGAGAUGGACGUGAAUGAACAUGUAUCCACACACCUCCCCCCUGGAAGUGAAGGUACUUGUGGGUGGUGAGUUAAGGGAGCCCGAGAAAGAACCCAUCCUGUCGCAGCAGCCAUGUCAGCUGUGCUGGCUUCUUCGAGGGCUCCUGCUGCUCAGGGGACUUUCUGAGACCCGUGAGUCCCCCCAAAA